UUUUGUUUUUUGGGUUUAAUUUUUAGUACAAAAAAAUGAGAAGUAGCAGUUAAAUUUAGAUAAAGACAGAGAAACAAGAGGGAGACGGUUAAUAUCAACGCAUAAAACGGCCAAUUGUUUUUUUAAUUUUUUAUUUUUGAUGUUCUUUUGUUUGUGAGAUGUCAACUUUCUACCACCAACCAUGACUACCACCACCACCAGGUCCACCACCGACCAAAUAAACCCAUAAUUACCCCCAAAAAAGUGUUCUUUUGUUUUAUUUUUGUAAAAAAAUAAAAAAUCCAAGACUCUUUUUCUCGUUUUUUGUGCUUUGAAGAGCUUGACUUGGCUGGACCCUCCAUUUUCUCAACCUUCCUCUGCAUUUCCUUUGGUUUUUCCUUUCUGGGUUUUUCUUCUUCUAUUCAAAGCUUCCAGCUUUUGGUUGUGCUGCUGCAAAGAAGAAAAAGAAAAGCCUUUUUUAGCUGGAAAAAGGGAAAAAAUAAACUUUUUAUUUUUCUUUUGUGUUAUAUUUUCUUGGUAAAUGUGGGGGGCUCCUGCAGAACCUGCUGAUUCUUAUUAUGAGGUUCGGCCUGAAUGCACUGAUGUUCCAAUUACCAGAUUUAAGAUCAAGCCUGGUAAAACUCUAAGUGCAAGAAAAUGGCAAGCUGCAUUUUCUCCGGAUGGGCAUCUGGAUAUAGGCAAAACUCUACAUCGAAUCCAACGUGGGGGGAUCCAUCCUUCAAUUAGAGGAGAAGUUUGGGAGUUUCUACUUGGCUGUUAUGAUCCUAAGAGCACAUUUGAUGAAAGGGAGCAGAUACGGCAGCAUCAAAGGGUGCAAUAUGCUAGAUGGAAGAAUGAAUGUAGUGAAAGCUUUCCUGUUAUUGGAAGUGGCAAAUAUGUUACAGCACCUGUCAUCACCGAAGAUGGUCAGCCUAUUCAAGACCCUUUAGUACUUUUAGAGACAAAUCCAGGUGCAAAUGCUAAUUGUACCGAAAUGGUAAAGGAGCUAACCAUUCGUGGUCCUUUGGACAAGAAAGUAAUCCAGUGGAUGCUGACAUUACAUCAAAUAGGUCUUGAUGUCAUUCGCACUGACAGGACUUUAGUAUUCUAUGAGAAGCAAGAGAAUUUGUCAAAACUUUGGGAUAUUCUCUCUGUUUAUGCCUGGAUAGAUACAGAUGUUGGCUAUUGUCAAGGAAUGAGUGAUCUUUGCUCCCCCAUGAUUAUUCUUCUUGAAGAUGAAGCUGAUGCAUUUUGGUGCUUUGAGCGUUUGAUGCGCAGAUUGAGAGGAAAUUUCAGAUGCACUGAGAGUUCUGUUGGGGUAGAGACACAACUUAGUAAUUUGGCUGCGGUAACUCAAGUUAUUGAUCCAAAACUUCAUCAGCACUUAGAGACUCUGGGUGGAGGUGACUAUCUCUUUGCUUUUCGAAUGCUAAUGGUUUUGUUUCGUCGAGAGUUCUCAUUUUGUGAUUCAUUGUAUUUGUGGGAGAUGAUGUGGGCUCUGGAAUAUGAUCCUGACUUGUUCUCUCUAUAUGAAGAACCUGAAUCAAAUAUUGAGAAGGCUGAGGGUUCUAAAGGAAAAACCAAAUCAACACGUCAGUGUGGGAAGUAUGAGAGAGAAAAUAUGAAAAUUAAAAGCUCUGAUGCCCCUCUCCCCAUUUCUGUUUUCCUUGUUGCCAGUGUCUUAAAAGAUAAGAGCUCAAAGCUACUGCAAGAAGCUCGGGGCCUGGAUGAUGUAGUUAAGAUUCUGAAUGACAUGACUGGAAAUUUGGAUGCUAAGAAAGCUUGCACUGGAGCAAUGAAACUUCAUAAGAAAUAUUUAAAAAAGGUAAUGUUAUUUCUUUCAUCUUUCUAAAUCUUGAUGCAGCUUUUAAAUUCCUUCAUCAUGUAAAACGCAAAAAAUAGCAGCCGUGGAAUAGUUAGCUGUAGUACCUAGAGUGCACAUACAUGUCAAUGUCAUUGCUAGAUGAUUCAUUUGUGCCUAGCUUCAUUUCAGAGGUUGCUUCCAUGAGAAAUCUUCUGCUGAUAACUCCUUGAAGUCAAACUCUUUUCAUUUUUGUGACCACAGGCCAAGAAGACAUAGCAUAAGGUAAACCGUCUGAUGUUUUCCACCCAGUCAAGAAACAAUGAGUGUUUUUUUUUCUCGUAUUCCAUGACUUGAUUUGGCCGAAGAUAAUAACAUGCUUCCAGAAUAAUCCUGGCUCGGAGAUGUUUUCCAGAUGAAUUCUAUAAUUGCUCCAACCAUCAAAUGUUGCUAUAGAAACCAUUGUUUUAUGUGAUAACAAUCUUCCACCUUAUUUGUGUACAAAAAUAUUGUUUACUGGUAUCUCCAUACGAAUCCAUAGUUGUAUUAAUAUGUAUCUUGUGUUUGUUUCAUAAUCAUUCAAAUUUCAAUGAAAUAGAAAGAAAAUUAGCUGCUUAUGCAUAAAUUCUCCAUAUCAUUUUCAAGAGAAACAGCAAUGAGUUUUCAGAAGGGAAAAUUUUUUCAAAAACUAUUCUAGUUGCAUUUCUCCUUU